CGAAUCACGACGAAUCUAAAUAGGUUUGUUUGUGUGACGUGCGUAGUGUUUACAACGAGUAUUUUUCAAUUAAAAGAGAGAUUAUUUUCGUUUUUACAAAAUGACAGAAAAAGCAAAACCUAUGAGUCACAUUAAGCAUAUUCCUAAGGACGCCCAAGUUAUCAUGUCAAUAAUGAAAGACAUGGGAAUAACUGAUUACGAGCCGAAAGUAAUUAAUCAGUUGUUGGAAUUCACAUAUCGAUACGUCACAUGUAUAUUAGAUGACAGUAGAGUGUAUGCCAAUCACGCCAAGAAAAAGGUUAUCGACUUGGACGACGUUAGAUUGGCGGUUAAAAUGCAGUUAGAGCGUUCGUUCACAAAUCCUCCGCCAAGAGAUGUCUUGUUAGACGUAGCACGUCAAAAGAAUAAUAUCCCUUUGCCUUUUGUCAAGCCAAGUAAUGGUCUUAGAUUACCACCUGAUCGUUAUUGUUUAAAUUCAACAAAUUACAAACUUAAGAAUGUGACAAAAAAGGUUAUACAAAAACCUGCACAUUCUUUGGUGAGCAAUAAUCAGUCUGGUCAACCAAGGCCAAAGGUAGAAGGGAGUAAGGCUGGUGUGUCAAUUGUUAAAAGGCCUGGCACACUCACUACUGUUGCGAGAACUCAAAGUAUUUCCAUACCAAAACCAGUGUUGAAAUUCUCUACAGUUCCCCUCCGUCUACUGCAAUCUCAUUCCUCCAUACCAUAUCGUGUGUCCUGUAGAACUUUACCAACGACGACAAGCACUGCAACUGUAAAAACGCAAAUAACAAAACCAAAAAUACAAAUUACCUCGGGCCAGACCCUACCUGUUGUGAAGAUGGAAACCGACGAAACGUUAAAGAGAAAACGUGAAGAUGAAGAUUACGACGUGUCAUAGUUUUUUUUUUCCAAUUCUUGAUUGUUUUUGCGUUCAAUUAUUACUAUAUUUCCCAAAUGUAUUUAAAAUUUUGGUAAAUUUUUAAAUAUAUAAAAUGAUACGGAAAAUGUGAGAAAGCAUACACAUGUGCACAA